CAAACACAAGAUACAAGUGAGCUCGAAUUACAAGUUAUCUAUCUCCUUCUCAUUUCUUGUGUUAUGGCUAAGGCUUUCGUUUUCUCUCUUUGCUUGCUUCUGGUUUUCAAUGGCUGCUUAGCGGCACGCCAGUCCCAGUUGAGUCCGCAGAACCAGUGCCAGCUCAACCAGCUCCAAGCCCGCGAACCCGACAACCGCAUCCAGGCGGAGGCGGGUCAGAUCGAGACCUGGAACUUCAACCAGGAGGACUUCCAGUGUGCCGGGGUCGCCGCCUCUCGAAUCACCAUUCAGCGCAACGGCCUACACUUGCCCUCCUACUCCAACGCCCCUCAACUCAUCUACAUCGUCCAAGGUAGGGGUGUUCUAGGAGCAGUGUUCUCUGGGUGCCCUGAGACUUUCGAAGAGUCUCAGCAGUCUCAAGAACAGGAACAGGAACAGGAACGACAACAACAACAACAACAACAACAGGGAGAACAAGGACGACAACAGGGCCAACAAGAGCAGCAGCAAGGCCAACAAGGGCGCCCGCAACAACAACAACAAUUCCGACAGCUCGACCGCCACCAGAAGACCCGCCGCAUCCGUGAGGGCGAUGUUGUCGCCAUACCUGCCGGAGUCGCCUACUGGUCCUACAACGACGGCGACCAGGAGCUUGUUGCAGUCAACCUUUUCCACGUCAGCAGCGAUCACAACCAGCUCGACCAAAACCCAAGGAAAUUCUAUCUAGCUGGUAACCCAGAGAAUGAGUUUAACCAACAAGGCCAAAGCCAACCCCGCCAGCAGGGUCAGCAACCAUUCGGACGUCCCGGACAACAAGAACAACAAGGAAACGGCAACAACGUCUUCUCCGGCUUCAACACACAGCUCCUCGCCCAGGCCCUCAACGUCAACGAAGAGACUGCCAGGAACCUCCAGGGACAGAACGACAACAGGAACCAAAUCAUCAGGGUAAGGGGCAACCUCGACUUCGUCCAGCCCCCAAGGGGACGACAGGAGCGUGAGCACGAGGAGCGACAACAGGAGCAGCUCCAGCAGGAGAGGCAACAACAAGGAGGACAACCGAUGGUCAACGGUCUUGAGGAGACCUUCUGCAGCUUGAGGUUGAAGGAGAACAUCGGCAACCCUGAGCGUGCCGACAUCUUCUCUCCCCGGGCCGGCCGCAUCAGCACCCUCAACAGCCACAACCUCCCCAUCCUCAGGUCGCUCCGCCUCAGCGCCGAGAGAGGCUUCUUCUACCGCAACGGUAUCUACAGCCCACACUGGAAUGUGAACGCCCACUCAGUGGUGUACGUGAUCAGAGGAAAUGCUAGGGUUCAGGUGGUGAACGAGAACGGAGAUGCAAUUCUUGACCAGGAGGUGCAGCAGGGACAGCUGUUCAUAGUCCCACAGAACCACGGCGUGAUCCAGCAAGCCGGCAACCAAGGGUUCGAGUACUUUGCCUUCAAGACGGAGGACAAUGCGUUCAUUAACACCUUGGCUGGACGGACCUCCUUCCUACGUGCACUGCCGGAUGAGGUGCUGGCCAACGCAUACCAAAUUUCUCGAGAGCAGGCGAGGCAGCUCAAGUACAACCGGCAGGAGACCAUUGCCUUGAGCUCCAGCCAGCAGAGGAGGGCAAUUGUGUAAAUGUAUGAAGAAAAAUGUAGUGAAUGCGGCACGUAGUGUUUUUUGGAGUUGUUAAAAAGAAAGGAAGCGGAGCCUGAGACUGAGAGUGUAUAAAUAAAAGAUCCUUAUAAGGCUUGUUACUAAUAAUGUAAGAGGAGAGAGUCUAGCUACCAAGUAAUUAAAUAGGUACUACGUGUAAUCUAUGCAUAUGUAAUGAAAAUUUCCCCCCUUUUUCCUAAA